UUGGGCUCCCAUUCAACUGUCCUAGAAGGAAACCCCAGGCCACAGCAUCUCCUGUUCUAGCCUGUGGCCAGAGUAUGAUCCAGGAAUGGGAGAAGGGCUGCCAGAACGUUGGGAAACAGAGACCCCCAGAAAGGAAGGCUGCAGACGGCCGGGGGAGAAAGAAUGGAGUGCCAGUCAGAUUGUACAACAGCGAUUCCUUUUGGGAAAAAAGCCGCCUCCGCUGUCAGUGCGGUCUGUGUUCUACUUCCCCAUUGAGGGUGUGGACCAAAUUCUACACAUCAGACCCACGCAUCGCCCUUGGGAAAUACUCCCCCUUGGAAAAAGAGAUCCUGCGUCUGGGUGGCGUUCACACGGCAGCGACAAGGAGGUUUCUGACUCACAAGCAAGAGGAAGAACGGAAAGCCCUCAGGGAGCUCCAGGCGCUGUCUUCGGACUACAAACGGGCGCUGGAAUCCCGGCCGCCACAUCGCAAUCCCUGUGCCACCUGCAGGCCCCUGGAAAAGAUCUGGACGGCCAAGGUGGUCGUGCCCGCCGAGGAGUUCAGAAUGCCGUCUCGCGAGCAGCUCACUGUCAUCAGGCACAUAGAACGGAUGCGGCUCGCUCGAGCCCCACAAAGUAAGCGCCUCCUGCCCCACAUGGAGAGGUCCAAGGGCUCUUCACUUCUGCCCCGAGGGGACCUGGGCCCAACGGCAAAAGAGAAGGCCAGGGAAGACGACGAAGAUGCAGGUUUCUACGACGAUGCCGCGCAAGGGGAGAGAGGCGAGGCAGAGAACCAGGCCACGAGGAGACGAGAAAUAAAAAUGAAGGUCAUUUUCAAGUCAGAAGAACCGAAAAAACGCACCACACACCAUCCGAACGAUCGGAAACCAUUCUUCCCCACCAAGAAAGUGGAGCGGUCCAUCGCUGGCCUAACCAACCGAAACCUUUUACACUUAGCUGAGUUCCCUGGUGACCUGAUGCGGAUGAGUCAGGAUCUUAUCUCCCGGGGAGCGCACCCCACCGGUGUGACGAAGGCCAGCCUGGUGGGGGAAGACCGUGUCUGGAAGGGAUACAGGUACAAAGCUCCUUACUAGUAAAGUCUAACUUGAUGCCAUGGUAA